AUUUAAGAAAGGGAAUUCGUUCAUUCUAAUUCUGCCAACCUAAUUAGUUUAAAUGUAGACAAAAUGUAAUAUUUGUAGUUGUUUUGAUUUUAGUUUCUAUAAAUAAUGUGAAACGGAACACGUCUACGAAACGGAAGUUGGCCUUUGGGCAUGCGCAAUAGUGUUUACGUUGUGAACAGCGUGAUCCAAACGUUGAAAUACCCGGAGUGAAGACCUCUACUUUCACUAUCUGACCAGUUGUCCAGCAGAGGGAGGUGAGUGUUUUGGGUGUGAGUGAAUCCAUAGCCCCACAAAGAUGGAUUUCCAACACAGAGCUGGGGGCAAGACGGGGAGCGGUGGGGUAGCUUCGUCCUCUGAGAGUAACCGGGACCGGCGAGAGCGUCUCCGCCAGCUUGCUCUGGAGACCAUCGACAUCAAUAAGGACCCCUAUUUCAUGAAGAACCACCUGGGCUCUUAUGAGUGUAAACUGUGUCUGACACUCCACAACAAUGAGGGCAGCUACCUCGCCCAUACGCAGGGAAAAAAGCAUCAAACAAAUUUAGCGAGAAGGGCAGCCAAAGAAGCAAAAGAAGCUCCCGCCCAACCAGCCCCUGAAAAGGUGAAGGUUGAGGUCAAGAAAUUUGUAAAGAUUGGUCGACCGGGGUACAAAGUGACAAAACAGAGAGAUCCAGAGAGCGGGCAACAGUCUUUACUUUUCCAGAUUGACUACCCUGAGAUAGCUGAAGGGAUAGGGCCCAGGCAUCGCUUCAUGUCAGCAUACGAGCAGCGCAUUGAGCCCCCAGACCGCCGUUGGCAGUACCUUCUACUGGCAGCAGAGCCCUAUGAGACCAUUGCCUUCAAGGUGCCAAGCAGAGAAAUUGAUAAAGGUGAGAGUCGCUUCUGGACGCACUGGAACAAAGAUACAAAACAGUUUUUCCUCCAGUUCCACUUCAAAAUGGAGAAAGCCCUCGCCCCACCCAGCGGACCUGCACCCCCCAUGGGUGUAAAGCGCCCCCCUCCCCUGAUGAGUGGGAUGGGGCCUCGACCGCCCAACGAUCCCAUGCCUCCGCCGCCUCCAGGCGGGAUGCAUAUGCCCCCCCUGCCCCCCGGUGCCCCCGGCCCUCCCCAGAUGCACCAUCCAAUGCAACACGGUGGCCCUGGGAUGGGCAUGCCACCCCUGAUGAGACCAUCGCUCCCCUCUGAGGGCAAUGGAGGGAUGCCCCAUCAGAACAGCUGAUCUCCGAUCAGCUCCUCAUGUUAGAUUGUUUGGUUGCUAAAUGCCCUUUCAUUGGACUUUGUGUUUCAAUGUCCUGUGUACAGUUUCACAACUUUGUAUACUUUGCUACAGAUGUAGAGCAGGGUCCAUGUUCACCAGAUUCUGAACACUUUUGUCAAGGCAAUAUGUUUCUCAGUGAUAUAAUGUGCGCAUUAUGUCAUACCAUCAAAAAUAGUAUUCUUGGUGGUAUGCUAGUGUGGAUAUUGGUAGAUAUCCUGUGUUUUGGACAUUCUGUGAAAGCACCAGUAUGAAUAGGAUGAUCCGCUAUGAAAGAUGUUUGUGAUGAUCCACGGGGUCUUUUAAAAUAUUUUUUUUAUAUAAUUAAAAUGGUGUUAAAAUUA